AUGGUUAAGCAGUAUCACUCUCCCUCAAGAGCAUGGUGCUCGGCUCCCUCUCCUCCGCGAUCCGCCACCGCUCCUGUGAGCUGGUCUGGCUGGUGUGUUUCCUCCAGGUCUCCGUCAUCCUCUUCUACAGCCACCGCUUUCUGGACCCCCCGUGGGGCCAAAACCAGCAGGACGACCCCUCCGACCAGAACCAGCAGGAAAACACGACCAAGAGGAACCAGGACCGACCCGCCGACCCCCCCCCGCAGAGAGGAGGCAGGAGAGCCCGGGGAUAAAGGACAGAACACCGGGGGGAAGGCAGUGGGUCCCGGGGGGAAGGAGCUCCAGCAAUGUCCUGGAACAUCCCCCUUGCUGUUAAGUCCCCUCCGGGUGGAGUUCAGCUCUCCGGUGAAAGAGGAGCUGAUAAAGAAGCAGAACCCCGCCCUGCAGCCGGGGGGGCGCUUCAGACCCAGAGACUGUGUGGCGCAGCAGAAGGUGGCCAUCAUCAUCCCUUUCCGCAACCGAGAGGAACACCUGAAGUACUGGCUGAACUACCUGCACCCCAUCCUGCAGAGACAACAGCUGGACUACGGGGUGUACGUCGUCAACCAGGACGGAGAGGGCACCUUUAAUCGAGCGAAGCUUCUGAACGUGGGCUACGCCGAGGCUCUGAAGGACUAUGACUACGACUGCUUCGUGUUCAGCGACGUGGACCUGAUCCCCAUGGACGACAGAAACACCUACAGGUGCUUCAGCCAGCCCAGACACCUGUCCGUGGCCGUGGACAAGUUCGGAUUCAGGUUACCCUACGCUCAGUGCUUUGGAGGCGUGUCCUCGAUGAGCAAAGAGCAGUUCCUGAAGAUCAAUGGCUUUCCAAACAACUACUGGGGAUGGGGGGGGGAGGACGACGACAUCUUUAAAAGGUUCUCAUAUAAAGGAAUGAGCAUCUCCCGGCCGAGUGGCGAGAUCGGGAAGUAUCGGAUGAUCCGGCACAACAGAGACAAGAAUAACGAGCCCAACCCUCAGAGGUUUAACCAGAUCGCUCACACGCUAGAGACCAUGUCCUCAGACGGGAUCUCGUCCCUCUCCUAUUCGCUGGUGAAGAAGGAGAAGCUGGAUCUCUACACCCGGAUCCAUGUGGACGUGGGGGGGCCGUAGGUCAGCUGACCAACGUGGGGGAGGGGCCCUGAGGACUGGGCUCUGAUUGGAUGCUGCUGUGACACUUCCUGAACCAGACUUUUACUUGGAAAAUGUGAUCCGGAUGUAAAAAAUAAAAUGUUUGUUUUUUUCUUGUUAAUAAAAGAGCUAAGAGGACACAAGU